GCAACUCACAGCUGGUGGGCGGCAGGUCUGGAUGUUGUGGUCUUUGAAUGUGACGAGUGCUCGGCAGAGGCCACUGUGGUUAUGUCUGAUGUGUGCCAUUUGCGGGAAGGGGCCGUCGAGGCGGCGAUGUCCGAGGUGAUGGCGGGAAGCGCCGACUUGGGUCGGGAAGUGGUUCGAUCGGCGACGGCGAGCUGGGAGGUGCCGGAGAUUGGGUUCCGGGCGCCAGCGGCAGGACAAGCCGAGCUAACGACGGUGGAGAGGCUGCUGCGACGUGCGUGUGUUGGGCUGAGUGCGAUGCAGCCGGUGCGGCGGAUCCAGGAGCCCGAGGCCGCGGCUCGGAUCGACGAGAUUGUGGACCAGCUCGAAGCGUGUCUACGCGGGGCCAUGGCGUUCACGCUGACAAUUCACGAUCCGUCGGGAGCGUCGUACAUUGGGCCAAACAGCGAGAUUGAGGACGAGCUGGCGGUGGUGGCAGAGGAGGUGGUGAGCAUGGCGGUCGAGUGCGGGAUGUGCUCGAUGCCCGGAACAGUGCGAACGAUUGUGAUGCAGGUUCCGCACUUUAACGAGACCACAGUCUCGGGCUUUGUCUGCGAGGGCUGCGGGUACAAGACCAACGACGUUCGAACGACGGCGACGCCGAGCAGGUGCGGCCGAACGCACACGCUCACCGUCAACGAGCGCAGCGAUCUCGGCCGCCAAGUGAUCAAGACCGAGACAGCAGGGAUCGAGGUGCCCGAGCUCGGCCUCCGGCUGAAGCCAGGAACGCUGGGCGGCAAGGUGACGACGGUCGAGGGUCUGCUCGCUGACGUGCGCCAACAGCUGGGCGCUGCCUCGCGUAGCAGCGACGAUGCUGCUCCAUGGGCGGCGUUCCUGGCACGGCUCGACGCGUGCAUCGCCGGUGAGGACGAGCUCCCGUUCACCGUUAUCCUCGACGAUCCCACAGGCAACUCGUCAAUCGAGGCCGUGGCCGACCCAGAUCCCUCAAUGUUGGCGGUGGCUGUGGUGUAUGUGGCGGUGGGCAGCGAGGGUGCGUCGCCGGCGUACACCACCCAGUGGGUGACGCAGGAGCUGGACCACUUUGACUUUACCACCCGUGGCGCCGACGGAGCGACGACGUUCAAGCAGCGGAUGAUCUUCACGGACAAGUACUACGACGAGCGGACGGGCGGCCCGAUUUUCCUCUACACGGGCAACGAGGGCGACAUUGUCUCGUUCUACAACAACACCGGGCUCAUCUUUGAGUUUGCCGAGCGGCUCGGGGCCUUUGUCCUCUUCAUCGAGCAUCGGUACUAUGGCGAGACGCUCCCGUUUGGCGCCGACUCGUUCACGCCCGAGAACAUCCGGCUGUGCUCGUCGGAGCAGGCCCUCGCGGACUAUGCGCAUCUGCUGGUGCAGAUCCAGCAGGGCAAGCUUCUGGGUGAGUACAAGGGCCUGGACAAGUCCGAGGUCAUUGCCUUUGGCGGCUCGUACGGCGGGAUGCUCGCGGCAUGGAUUCGGGUCAAGUACCCUGCGCUGGUCAAGGGCUCGCUGGCGGCGUCUGCGCCGAUUCUGGAGUUUGAGGGCCUUGUGGAUCCGACAGCGUACAACGCGGUCAUCACGCGUGACUUUGCCGAUGCUGCGCCUGGGUGCGCGGACAACAUCCGGCAGGUGUACAACAACGUGCUGCCUGAGAUGCGGACGACGGCGAGCGGGCGGCGGGCAAUUGGCGAUGCGCUGCGGACGUGCAAGCCUGUGGAGAGCCAGGCCGACGUCGACCAGGUGUUCGAGUGGAGCAACUCUGCGUUUGCGUACAUGUCGAUGCUCGACUACCCGGCGCCGUCGGACUUUCUGCGGCCGAUGCCCGGCAACCCGGUGAACGUGUCGUGCAAGUACGCGACGGCUCUGCCGACGCAGCCGACCGAUGCCGAGCGGAUCGCCGCCUUUGGCCUCGCUGCCGGAGUGUACUGGAACGGGACCGGCGACGCCGAGUGCUUUGACAUUUACGCGCAGCUCUCGCCGAACCUCGGCAACAUGACUCCGUGGGACUUUCAGGCUUGCACCGAGAUGGUGUUCCCCAUCACCCAGACCGGGACGACGGACAUGUUCUGGCCGGCGCCGUUCAACCUGACGGCAUACGAGGAGGCUUGCAUGCAGCAGUUUGGCGUCAUGCCACGCCCGUACUGGGCUCAGACGUACUACGGCUCGAACAACCUCGAGGCCGCGUCGAACAUCAUCCUCUCCAAUGGCGUCCUGGACCCGUGGAUCAGCGGCGGCGUGACCAAGACAGUCUCGGACUCGGUCGUGGCCAUUGUCAUCGAGCACGGCGCUCACCACCUCGACCUGCGGUGGUCGGAUCCGGCCGACCCGCAGUCGGUCAUCGACGCCCGCAAGCAGGAGUUUGAGCUCAUUUCAUCGUGGCUCCAGGACGUGCCGAGCGUCUCGAUUGCGUAA